UCACUUCACUAGUGAGUCAGUUUCUUGAACCAGUAGCAACUGUUCCUGUGCUGCUGUGUGUCUUCUUCACGUAACUUGAGGAGUAAACACAACUGAGGAAGGUGUGAAGAAGAAGAAGAAGAAGGAGGGAAGAAGAGGACUUUUUGACGUUGGGGAGGAGAAGGCCAAAGCUUUUGGAGAUGAAUUUGUACAGCAGUUUCGGGAACCUUCUGGAGACCUGGGUGUCAGAGGGAGUCUUCCCAGACUCGGCGGGGAAGUGGCCAGACACGGACUCCGGGGCUUCCUUCACGCUGUCGGAGAGCGAGCCGCUGUCUAAGCCUCACCCCAGAACUCCUCUCAGGUCUGAGUCCAGGGACUCUGGGAUGGAGAUGGCCAGCCCUGUGAGCCCCCUGCCCUCCCCACACUACCCUGGGACGGACACACGGUCUCCUGUCGUCCCCCUGCCCUCCCCACACUACCCUGGAACGACCCCGGAUACAAACGCAGACCUGGCGGGCGCUGGAGGAGGAAAGGAGGUGCUCUCCUCCUCCCCCUCCCCUCCCAGGUCUCCUGACCUCCCCCUGUCCUCCCCUCCCAGGUCUCCUGACCUCCCCCUGUCCUCCCCUCCCAGGUCACCCGACCUCCCCCUGUCCUCCCCCUCCCCUCCCAGGUCACCCAACCCCCCCCUGUCCUCGUCCUCCUCUUCCUCCCUGUCGCUCGGUCUCGCUGAAGCGCAGGCUCCCCUGGGUUCUCCGGAACAUGCCAUGGCCAUGCACCUCAAGCUGGAGCAGACCCUGCAGAGGACAGACACGGACAGAAAGCUGGGCAGACAGAAGAACUCGCCGUUGCCCGGAGACCGGGCGCCACGGAAACGGUGUGACGCGGCUUCCCUAAGCACACAGAGCUCCCAGGUUCUCAGGACAGGUCAAAGGUCAGGAAGUCUGGGUCCUGGGAGGAAGGUGGGGCCAGCGGUGGGGAGACAGCCGGCCUGGGAGAGACACAGACGACCCCAGUCGCUCUAUCAGGACAGGUUGCCUGUUCAGACAGAGGAAGAAAUGAGGAUGGGUCUUAGUCCUGGCUUAGGCUACUUGGAGCAAUUGUGUCGGGUGUUGGAGGAAAUGGCCAAACUACGGUUGCAAAACCAAAGGCUACAGAUGGAAAUGGAUUCUGUCCGAGCGCAACAAGUCAUGAGUCAGAUCACCGAAACCCACCGACAUGACUGUAAAGUAAUUGAAAAGAACGAGCAGAGUCCAAAACAUAAAACCAACGACAUUUCCAGACUCCCCCCUUGUCAAAAUGAUGACGGACAAGGUGACUUUCGUCGAAGGUCAAUGUCGGACACGCAUUUCUUAUCUCAACGGCGGCAAAGGACGCUAAAUAUGGACACUAGAGGGCAGUGUCUGAACAGCGACGUUUUGCUGGAACAAGAGGACGAUGAAACGCAGAAAACAAAGAGAGACACAGCGACGAAGGACAAGUCUUGGAAACUGAAGAUAAGCUCGUUGAAAAGAGAAGGAUUUAAACAUUCAUUCUCAAAAGAGAAAAACAGCUCACAGAUGCAUCCAUCCAUAAAGAAUUGGGUAGGCGACCUGUUUAAAAGAAGCAAAACAGCCCCGGUGUUCAUGGACCGGGCUGUUCCAGGACAUCACAGCUGACCAACACAACCCCACUCUUCACCCCUCCGUGUAGCUCCUGUUAACAUCUGAAGUAUUUCUUUAUUUAUUGUCUGCUCCAUUUGUAUCCAAAUUAUUUAUACUCCGAUAAAUGUGUAACAUUUUUUCUAUCCUUUUGCAUCGCUGCUUCUGUGAAUGUAACUGUAAGUGCUUGUAAGCUGUGAUCCCUUCCUUGUACAUGGUAUACUUAAGUCAAUCAACCUCUAAUGCAAAAGCUCUGACUGGAAGAUAUAAUAAAGCCAGAAAACAACAUA